AUAAACACAAUGUUGCGUCAUUGUUAUUGUUGGAGCUCCAGCUGCUUACAGGGAUUUCGCCACCAUUUCGCUGAACUAUAGGCCUUUGAACCUGUGGAGCGCAGCAUUAUACCACUGCAAUGUCGCUGCCGCUGGAUGUUUCAUCUGACGAGAGUUUGCAAGGUUCCUGGGUUGAGCUGCAUUUCAGUGGGAAUGGCUCUCCAAGUGCCAGUCAUCAAGGAAGCCAGGAGCAAAUCCCCUCAUCCAGCCUGGCGAUGGACAUGGAGAAAAUGUUGCUAGAAGCACAGCACGAGUCAGGCAGGAGCAGCUCCAGGGGAAGCUCUCAGUGCAACAGCCCAGGCAGAGCACAGACUCCCCUUCUUCUGUGGAAAGGCUCAGAGGGGAACAGCUCACAGUCAGAUGAAGAUUUCCAAGAGCGAAUACGGGAAGUUGAGACCCUGAUGAAGAAAAAUGCUGACUGGAUCUGGGACUGGUCUAGUCGACCUGAGAACAGUCCACCAAAGGAGUUCCUGUUGAAGUACCCCAAGCGUUCGACCCCUCUCAGCAUCAGGAAAACCAGCGUCAUGAAGAAGGGAGGCUUUCUCUCUUCUGACUUUCUGAAGCUUUUCCUUCCAUCAUUUAUCAUUUCCCACAUACUCGCUGUUGGCUUAGGGAUAUAUAUCGGAAAGCGCCUAACACAUCCUAAAUAGGAUGGUGGUGUUUGGCAGUACCCUAUCAACAUCAUUCAACCAUCUUGGCAUGCCUUAAAAUGGGACCCUGUGAUGAUCAAGGGAGAUGUGGUAGCCAUGUGACACGGUCCAGUUUAAUUCAGUGUUCCACAUCUUCCACGGCAGUGGGGAGAGCUGAGGAUCGGUCAUUGCUGUUUUUGGGUAUAAACCUCUGAACACAGCAGUGACCAGUCCACUUCUGCAGUCCCUAUCGUGGAAAUGACUGGUUUGCUGCUUUUUGCUCAUAAAAUCUGCAUGCUGGGGAACAUAUA